AUGCCCUAUCCAGAACGUGUGCGCCACUCUUGCUGUGCUCUGCAAGAUGUAGCUUCCAAGCUCGAGGCACCGGCAUGGGCGAGCCGCAUGAACACUGCCUGCUUCGCAGCAUCAUUGAAUUUCGAUGACAUGUGUGCACUGGCAGAUCAGCCCAUGGAUGCCUCUUGCACCGCGGGAUCAUCUCAGGCAGUCGGUGAGGAGGCGGCGCUGAUCUGCCUCGCUGGAGCCAUGGACUUCGGCUCCGGCUGGCGCUCGGAGCUUCACGCCCACCAUGGCCUUGGGCCCUGGCAGACGGUGCGGGCUGGUCUGGAUAAAAUUCUUGCAGCAUGUCCAGACGGGCGCGCAGACUGGCUCUGCAGUCUUCGCGUGUCUGACGUUGCCAAGUACUUCGGGUUGCAGAGCGAGGUGCUGCAAGAGUAUGUGCAAAAGCUACAUACUGUUCUCCGCGAGCUGGGCGAGACCUUGUUGGAAAAGGGCUAUCCGAAUCUCCAAGAGUUCGUCAUGUUCUCCGUGAAUGGCUUCUACAAAGAUGCAACAGCGGCCUCCAAGCUAGUCCAGGUGCUGACAGAAACCUUCCCGAGCUGUUUUCAGGAUGUUGACAAGUUGGGUGGGCUCCCGGUUUACUUCUACAAGAAAGCCCAGAGUGUGGUGAACGAGUUGUAUGAGCGCUUCCAUCUUCGAGAUGACCGCUUCGACUUUGCAGAUAUCAAGAUGCUCACUGCCAAUGUGGAUCCACUUGUGAUUAGCGUUCUACGACGGGAGCACGUGGUGAAGACAACCCUGGAGCUCACGACCCAACUGGACCUGCACACUCCCCUUCCGAGCGGCGGCGCUGCCGAAGUGGCCUUGCGUGCUGCGGCCAUUGCUGCGCUGGAAGAUAUAGCUUCGAUUGCACAGAUGAAAGGCUACGACGUUUCACCAGUGAUGCUCGGCAACUACAUAUGGGCUUGUAUUGGGCAGAUCGACAAGCCGCUCUGUUUUCCACGUCAUGUCACGAAAGACACGACUUACUACUGA